UUUAUGGAAAAGUCUCAGACAGCGUCAGUGUGUGACACAGUGACUCAGCCUGUAGGCGGCCUCUCCACCACGUCAAAAAAAAAGGGAACGACUUCACCAAUCUGUCUGGAGUGAAAGCAGACUGCCGGCCCAUCCUCAAGUUUCACUACACGCUCGGACACCACACACAUGCACACAAUGAUCCCUGUCUUUGAACUGCAAACACUUGAUUUCAUGCAGUGGAUUUGAGCAAACACGGAUUCUUGCUCCAUAUGAGGAAGAAAAUCUUGAAAGCACCUUGUCUCCUCUUGAGUGUCUUUACAAGUCUAAAUCUUUGCUCUGGAAAAUUUGGGACACCAAUUACUGAUGAUGUGAGCAAGCUGGCAUUAUUGAAGCAGAAUAUCCCCUCUGAUUAUGAGAUUCCUGUUAGUUACAUCCCCAAAGAAGUGGCUGGCACGUGCUGGGUGGUGUUAAACAUCUAUCCUUUGGAGCAGAGUCUUCGGAAGCUGGCCGACAUGUUCGGUGCCAUCUCCUCAAACAAGGAAAACAUCAUUGUCUUUAUCGCCAUGUUAAAGAGUUUACGCUUCACUUUUGACCAUGAAGAACUGGAAACAGCGAUGCAAGUCUUCCAGUGUCACUACAGAGAGGGGAGCUUAAUGUCUGGUCUUUACUUCGACUACAUCAAAGAUGUCUUAAACACCGCCUCUCAAGGAACAUCCGGCUUCUCAUGCAAGCCACCACCUUGCCUUAAUCCACAGCCAAAACCAGGCGGUCAGGAGAAGGGUCGUGACUACAGCUGGUGGAAGAGAACUCCUUUGCUUCUGGCUUUCAUCCCCUUCACAGCUUGUGUUGUGAUGUUAGUCUGGCUGGUCAAAUCUGGAAAGCACAGACCAGUUUGCCGCACUGAAAAUAGCCCAAUGGCACCUCCUGACGCGAUCCCAAGUGUGUCUGUCUCCAUCCCACUUCAAACACUCACCCACGCCACUGACACUCAGCCAGCGGGGGAGGUCAUCCCUGAACAUGAGAGUGGAUGAGGCAUGAUUAAUGGCAAAGAGAAAUCUCGAACUGAGCAGUGUUAACAAUCUGCAGGUUGUUCAGGAUCCUGCUGGAUGGACAAGUGCGGUGGGACACUCUUCUUCUGCUGUCUCUGAACUGAAUGCAUGGAUCUGAGCUACAAGAGAAAGGUCACCUGCUGAGAGGGCAGCUAUGUCACAGAUUUUUUCUAGCACUUAACCAUCCCAAGAGUUUCUGAGGGACCAGAGGAAGAACUCUCAACAUAAUGGCUGUUUAAUGACCAGAAUGGCUGCGGAAGUACAUGAAUGAUCUCAUCUCAACCAAGGUCAUUUUUCAGUCCUGUGUCUCUUUACUGUCAUGAUUCAGGGUGUUAUUGUGCUCAUUUAGGGUGUCGUCGUGCUCCAGUUUUGAACAGGAACAAACACUUUUGCUAAAGCCUCAAAAAGAAAAGAAUGCUGUUUAAGGACGUUGUUUCAGUUUUGAUUAAAACCUCUUCUGCCAAUAAGCCUGCUGUGGCUUGGUUGUUACAAAGGGCGUCCUUAAACUGCUUUAUUAAGAACCCUACCUUAAUGCAUUGAGCGUAAAUGCAGAAACGUGUAUUUCCAUCAAUACCGCCUUCAGCCAAACGGUUGUAAAUGUAUCAGUCAUCAGACUCAUCCAAUGAGCUGUGUUUGCUCCUCUGCAUCCUCUGUCCUCAACUUGUUGUUGCCAUUAUUUUGAUCUGUGAUCUGUCACAAAAUAAGAACCUGCUUGUCACAAACAACACGCCAUGUGGUUCAACAAGCAACCUACUUUGUGUAUCAAAGAUCUGACCAGAUGGCAGAUAGCCAUGGCCAGAGGCACUUUGAAUCCCCUCAUUGUAUUUCAAAGCUGUUGCCCAGUGAUCUAUAGCUGCUACUCAGGCCGCAGCGAGUGUGUUAGAGUUUUUAAUGCCUCAUUCACUGAGUCAAUCAUGUUCAGUCAUGAGAACAUGACUCCCCAAGUGUGAGCGCUCGUGCACUGUAUGUGUCAGAGGGAGGGAGCGAGAGACAGGACAGACAGGAUGAGGGAAAGUGAGGGCGAUAGGGAAGGAUAGAUGGAUGGACGGAUGAGCUCAGUGAGGAGCAUAAGGAAGGCUUGUUCUCGUCACAAAAGGACUGGCCGUAGGCUGGAGGAAAUACCAGUUACAAACACGACUGAUGUCGGCAGAUCCCUAUGAAUCAACAGGCAAAGAAUCUCUCCAGACCGCAGGCUAUGCUAGCCUUAUCUACAGAGGAUUGUUAGUAUUUCAGCAACAGUUCCAAUGAUUUACUUCCAAAACUCAUCAUCGAAACAUGGAAAAAUAUACUGAAAUGUUUACUGUUGGAGAAAAAAAUAUUCAACUUUUUUUGUUUUAUUGUCUCUCUGGUGACCAAUUUGUACAAUUGUAAUUAUGGGAUUUUGUGUUAUAUUGUUGGUGAGAUAUUUAAGUUAUUUACGAGAUAAAGCAUUUAAAAAUUUAAACGUUUUUACAGUUUCAUUGCUGUAAAUGAAAAUUCAAUUCAUGAAUGUACGAGGAUGAAAUAGUUUCUGAGGGAACAACUUUGCAGAAACUCCUAUCCUCAUUGCAAAACAUUGUGUAUUGUUGAUCACUCUUUCUCUUUGUUGUCAAGAUCCAAAAGUGUCUGACUGAACAUUAUGAAGUUAGGAAUCAAUUAUCUUGAGACGUCAUGUUUACAAGCACUGUGUCAAAUGUUUCGUGUUUGUUCAAAUUAAUUUACUAUGACCAACUUUUUGCAAGUUUGUAAUGAGUAUAUUGUCAAUGUCGCCUUUUAUGAAAUAUUGACAUUAUUCUGCCCCUUGUGAAUGGACCGCAAGCAAAAUGAUGUCAAUAUUACAGAUAAACUUUAUAAGUAUUUGUUAGCAAUAUAGAAAUACGUAGUCGUACUUGUUAAUGUUGUUGGUGAAAUUGUGAAAGACAAAGUCUAAAUAUUUCCUCAAAGAUCUUUUCAUUAAAAGAGAAUAGUUUACUCUAAUUAAUUUUAGAAGGAUGCAAAGUUUACUUAACCUGUGCAAAAAGGAAGUUCAAAAUAGCACAGACUUUUACUUGUGAAAUAACUCACUUAAGGAUCUGAACAUGUAUAUGGAAUGUUGUUAGGUCAUAUUCUCAGACCUCCUAUCUUUUGUCAUUUUUUAAGGAUUCACUGAUGGAGUUCAGGUUCUUUUAUCCGUAGCUGGAGGUAUUUCAAAAACUGUCAAAUAAAUUGGAUAAUUCA